UCUCCUGUGUGCCCACAUUGGAAAACACCUUAUCUGUUAUUGUGAAUAAUGUCUUGUCGUUUGACAGCCUUUCAGUUUGAUGCGCAGAGUCGAUCACUGAUGGUGCGUAUCGCGAGUAUUUGGAGACGGGCGCAGAACUGCGUAUCCAAGCAACAAGCCCAGCACACUGAGGGGAUAGAGGCACACUUACACAGGUGAAAGGUGGAUUUUAACGCACCUCUGCUCGGGGUUUGCUCAUGAGGAGGUGUAUUGGCGACUCAUGGAAACUGAAGUGGAUUUUUUAAGGGAAUAAUGACGGACUUCAGAACUGGCCCUUUGUAUUUCUUUGACCAGGUGGGUUAAUGAUUAAUUUUACUUUCUGUAGUUAAAAAGAAACAGCAUGACAUUAACCUUGCUGAUCUGUCUGCAGCCAACAAAAAACCGGAUUAAAGGAUCACGAAGCAACAUCCUGCAUUUUGAUAUGGCAAAUGAAGGUGCGAGGUUAGACGACACUAUACAAAGUGAUCGAGACGACAAUGAAGAAAGUGAUGAGCCUACUCAGAGGCUGUCAGGUGAAACAUGUGGGGAUGGUAAACCUGAUACCUCCUGUGUCUAUGCUGCAGUCAACAUAAAGGACCAGGAUCCGAUGGAUGCAUACAAGCGGGCAGCCCCGCACUUAUUAAACCAGUUGGCUCACCUACUCUCACAGCACAAGUGGACUGAGGAGGGACGUCUUCCUCACGGGAUUGUAAAUAUUCUGAAUUACUCCUGGCAGGAUCUGACUGCAGGGUCUGUGCGCCUGAAAAGUCCGGAACAAACCGACACACGACGAAAGUCCAGAGGGUCCGUGAAGUUGGAAGAAUCUCGUCAGGUGUCCGCCAAAAACAAGAGGGAGGCAGGAGAGAGGAACUCAUGUGCUGUGGAAAGUGUUGGUCAAUCUGUGAGAGACGUCAGCUCAAAGCCACGUGUGAAAAAGCGCAAAAACAAUUCAAACAGAGCUCACAACUCCACCAUCGUCAGUCUCUCCAUCUCAUCCAACAACUGCAGUAAUCCAGAAACCUGCAAACAGCUGGACAGGACCUGAACAAACCGCUCAUACUCCGUCACUAUGGUGAUGCAAAGGCAAAACUGAAGGACAGGAGAGCAAGGAGAAAGGCCCAACCUGUCACUGUAGUCAACGGGAUGCCCCAGAUACCAGAAAUGAAGCAGCAGGAUCUGACACAGCAGCAGAAACUACACUACAGGAUCAACGACGGCUCCUCGUUCAUAUACUACCCGUCUGGGUGUAUCGCAGUAUGCCAGAGCCACUCAGGUCUGCCCUGUGGAGGCUUCUAUACCAACGUGUUUAGUGACAGCGAGUGUCCUGCUAUGCUGGCGACUAUCACAGCAUUUGGGCAUGGGGCAGUUACACAUCCUCUGAGCUCUUCCAUUAGAGCAGUGUGGAACCAGGACGGGGGAUUCAUAUGUGGCCAUCAUGGGAACAUAACUAAGGAGUGGAGCUGGCAGACAGACCGCACGCCAAAGGAGAAGAUUGUUAUUCAGUUGUCAGAUGUAAUCUCUGUGGGGUUGCACAGUGGUACAUCUGCCAUGCUCAUCUUCAGAUGUAACAAUGAAAGCGUUCAACUUCCUCUUUCUGCUGUGUCGAACAUUAACCAAUCAAAGGAAAUGCCUUGUUUGCAGACCGAAGAAAGGUUUGCCUCUGGCUUUGCUCAAGACCUUUUGCUGGCAAGAGAGACAGAAUCCCCCACUGUGGUCCUGAAGAGCAACAGGAACCUGACACUAACACCUGUGUCUGCGUGCUCCCAGGAGGUCCUCCAGAUGGUCGGAGAGGUGGAGGGGCUGGAGGAGCUGACAGCACUGUGGAGAAGAGGAGGGCAUGUUGGCAGGGAGCUGAAGAGGCUUCAGCAGAGAGUACGAAACACCCUGGACGGCUGGCUGGAUUACUAUCGCGUGGCCGUUGGUAUCAAGUGUCCUGACAUGAAGCGGAUGCCAGAUGCCCCACUGAGGACCAGGCUGAGGAGGGAGGUACAGUCAGCUGCUCUGCCCUCUCUGAACCCACCUGAGCGGGCAGAUGCUAAACCAGUCCAGCCUGAGGAGGGCACGAAUGAGUUACAGGAGCUGCACAGGGUGUCACCAACACCAGCAGAAAGACCUCUGGACUCCUCCGUUAAGCUGCCAAGGACACGAAAAACACGAUCAAAGGAGGAGCCUCGUGUCACACAGAUAGGACCCCUUCAAAUUCAUGGCAACAUCAAUCUUGAGUCAGUGAUUAUUCCAAACAGUGCAGAUUUGCAGCCCUCCGCUGUCACCCGCCGUCCACCCCUGCCAUCGUUCACCCCCUCCACCCCCCUCACAGUGUGCCCCGCUCUGCUGAGAGCUGCCCUGCUGGGGGAGGGGGGGCGCAGGCGGUGCUGCUGCAGCGCUAAGCUGAUGCCAGCGGUGACAGACCUGGAGUACGAUGCCUUCGUUAUGGGCCAGCCUCCACACAGUCAACAGAUCCUGGUGGUGUGCAUUACUCCUCCGCACCAAGCCGUCAGCGCACAUGCUGUGCCCGGGCAGGACGUGCUGGAGCAGUUUUACAGGAGGAGGAACAAACACAGAACCAUGCCAUGUACUCAGUGCCAGAUGGACUCAUUUCGCCUGGUGAGGUAUGAGAUGUCAACAGGGGAGCCCAGCUGUGGAGGGGAGAACAUCCUGCUGCAGCAGCAGCACAACGCAGCCCCUGGCAUGGUCCUGAUGUACGUCAGAGGGAAGCUGCUGUUUGUGGGCUACGUAUUCAGUGGUCACAGCUGCUCAGUCAGGGACCUUCAAAAGCAAAUCUCCAGAACCAGGGGAGACUACAGAUUAGGUCUGAGCCUCCCUCCAGACUACAAGUUCAGUGAUACAGGUAAAACCCCUGCAGCCACAGAUGCACACAGCUCACAAAAUGCAACACUAAAAAGAGGCGAUGACACAACACCGACUGCUUCAGUGGAAACGGAAAAGGCCAAGCAGAGAAAAAACAAUCAAGUUCCUGAUGGUUCAUGCCAACGACAGACGGACUUUUGUAUCAAACCGAAGAGGACUGCAGCACUCCCUCGUGUUGCUGUUAUCACACACUGAAUACGCUCCAGUGACGAGAUUAUAUCUGCAUCUGUCUGCUUGUGUUAUUAAAAAAAAAAAAGUCUUCACACUACACCGGUUGUAGGCUCAAACUUGAGGUUGAUGUGCAGUCAGAGUGCAAACACCUCAUGUGUUUACUGUGUGGGUGGCACUGCUGAUAAGCCUUAUCAGUAGCUGAGGUGCAAAAUGUUUUUUGACUUAUGACCAUGAAGAGACUGUGUGACAAUGUUUCAGUGGGCCU